CGAAUCAGGCUACAGGCUCUGACACGUCCGCACAGAGCCCCACACUGAGUUGGAACUCAGACUGGGAGAUUGUGAGCUGAGCCGAAGUACCCCACCUUAGGGACUCAGCCAUCCAGGCCCCCCAGUUUUUCAAGUUCUAAACCAAAUGACUAUGUCUUAAGUGAUUUGGGGGGGGGGCAAUUUUUCUCUUUUAUACGUUUAUAUCUCAACGAUGUAUUCUAUCCAUACUAUAUCCAAAGUAUAUCAUACUUUGCUUGUAAGGUGCUUUAUUUUUCCCGUUCAGUAAACGGGGAGACUUUUAUGUUCAUUUAUGAAUUAUCAAUCAUGGAGAAGCUGAAUGAUUGAAAUGGUUAUUGAGUAAAGAGUUACUGAGAAUCACUGGGUGUAAGGAAAGAAGGGGAACUAGCAUUUGUGAAUGUCUUUGUAUGAUAUAGUACUCAUUGUUUUGCAAUGUUUAAUGCUCACUAGAGCCCUAUUAGAAACGGUUGGGCAGUCUUUGGCAGAUCACAUUCUCUUUAGUCCUAUUUGACAUAAAUAACAGAUGUCAUUCUUGUUUCCAUCUUCUUUCUGAGAGCGGAUACUGGGUUUAGUUGGAGUAGAUCUCAUGUUUCCAUAGCAACAAUAAGUCCUUUAAAAGUAGAGAGGGACCGGAAGUGCAACUUGCCGUUCCGGUUUGCGUCAGAGUUCAGCAGCCCGGAAGUGACGCUACGCGGUUGCAUAUGGCCGCGUCCUGUGAGGAUGCCGCUUGUAGUGUUUUGCGGGCUUCCGUACAGCGGCAAGAGCCGGCGGGCGGAGGAGCUCCGUGGAGCGCUAGCGGCGGCGGGCCGCGCGGUGUACGUGGUAGAUGACGCGUUGGUGCUGGGUACGGAGGACGCGACGGUGUAUGGCGAUUCGGCCCGUGAGAAGGCGUUGCGCGGCGCCUUGCGAGCCGCCGUGGAGCGGCGCCUGAGUCGCCACGAUGUGGUCAUUCUCGACUCGAUCAACUACAUCAAGGGCUUCCGCUACGAGCUCUAUUGCCUGGCGCGGGCGGCGCGCACUCCGCUCUGCCUGGUAUAUUGCGUACGGCCGGGCGGUCUGAGCGGGGGACCACCGGUGGCUGAUGGGGUGGACCACCAAGGCCAGAACAUCAGCAUGAGUUGGAGACCGCGCACUGAGGAAAGAGGGAGACCUCUGGCGGCCGGGACUCGUGUCCUCAGGGAACCACAAGCAGUGGACUCUGUAGUAAGUGGGAGAACCCACCUCCAAGAGCGGGAGCAGGAGGAAACCAGGGCGCCAGAUCUUCCAACUCCUGUGAUUCCAGAAUUUGAUACAGAUGCCAAGCGUAUGGCUAGUGCUUUUUACUCUCCUGAACUUAUGGAGGCCCUAACGCAGCGCUUUGAGGCUCCCGACUCCCGGAACCGCUGGGACCGGCCCCUGUUCACCUUGGUGGGCUUAGAGGAGCCAUUACCUCUGGCAGAGAUAUGGGCUGCCUUGUUUGAGAACCAGGCUCCCCCACCCCAUCAGUCUACACAGUCCCAGCCCCUCGCCUCCGGCAGCUUUCUGCACCAGUUGGAUCAAGUCACCAGCCAGGUCUUGGCGGGACUGAUGGAAGCUCAGAAGAGCGCAGUUCCUGGAGACUUGCUUAAGCUUCCUGGCACCACGGAGCACCUACAGUUUACCCGGCCUUUGACCAUGGCAGAACUGAGUCGCCUUCGUCGCCAGUUUAUUUCCUACACCAAAAUGCAUCCCAACAAUGAGAACCUGCCUCAACUGGCCAACAUGUUUCUGCAGUAUUUGAGCCAAAGCCUGCACUAAACAGAGGGAGUGCUGGGGGAAAGCCCUGGCUCCUUGUCUAACCUCUUGUCUCUGUGUUUCUUGAUAGAGUAAUCUGAAGGUCUGCAGAGCAUGUUGGUGUCUGGUACUACAGCUGCUGUGACUGAUUUUACUCAAAUUUUCUUCUGUCUGAAUGCCUUUGAGUUACAGCAUAAAUUGAGACUAGAGAAAAUGGAGAACUGGCUUGGAGGAUCUUGGCAAAUUUCUCUAGGGACAGAGCUCAGGUGGACAGGGUUUGUUUAGAUUGGGUUCUACGUGGUGUCACAUACCCAGGAUUUCCCACAUUUGAAUUGUAGGAGAGCAGACUGGAUGGAUGAAUUGAUUUUAAACAAUUGUGAGUGGAAACUGAAGAUGGCACAGUUCUGCAUCUGCACUGGCCCUUCUUUCAUACCACAAACAGUUUUUUAAGUACUGUGCCAGCUUUUUGCUAGUCUAUUCUGGGGCCAGGGGUCUCUGAUAAAUCCAGUGGUUUCUGUCCUUGGGAAGCUUUGGUUCUAGUGGAAGCAAAAGACAUAACAGAGUGUACAUCUAAUAAAAUCAUUUAGAAGAAGGAAGUCUUCUGGAAUCUCUUUCACUUUAUAUAAAUUAAUGUUCUUCAUCUAAUUUACUUAAUGUUAACAUUUAGAUACACAUGUAUCACUGUUAUGCCUUUGACUGAAAUUGUACUUGGACAGUGCUUAAUGAGAGACUGGAUGUUUGGUCUAACCUAGACUGAUGAUGACAACUUACAUAAGUGUUGUGCUUUGUUCUAUAUUUCAGGGCAAAUAUCACUUUAAGCUUUUUUCAUUCUUUCGUUGAUUUUAUUAAAUAAAAGUUAGCACUUGUGAUUUUCAAA